AUGGGGUGUCUACACAGAGCUCUAAGGGGUAUAGUAUUUUUGGUGGCUAAGGAUAAGCGCUGUUGUCUUUACUUGCAAAAAAAGAUUGAGGAGGCUAACCCUGAGGGGACUGCGAUGUUGUUCUUCGAGCUUAAAGAUCAUGUUCGCGAGUUAAUGAAAUUGCUAGAAUAUCUAACCACCCAAGAGCAAAAAUACAGACUUAUGUUUGUUCUAGGGUGGUUCACUGUCCACUUGACCAAUCACAUGAAUGGUAAUCACGGAGAACCUGUCAAUCGUCUCGUUGCUAAAAUUGCUGCCAACACCCUUGUCCUCUCUGAAAGUCAUUAUGGGAACUAUGUUCUCAAUGUGGUGGAGAAGUGUUUGAAAGAGGCUAGAGAAGAUCAAACCGCGCAAAUAACUAAGGAGAUCAUUAACAGUCCCAAUUUCUUGAUGCUUGUUCAAGAUCCUUAUGGGAACUUGUUGGUUACUCGUGACCUAUCUACUCUUUGCUUCCCCGGAUCUUUUUUCUUGGAUGGAUACCACCCUGGAACCCCUACACUACAACUUGAGAACCCAAAUUUAUUAACGCUUAUUCAGGACCUCACGGGUUCUAGAAAUCUCUAUCUUGAUGGCAUAAUUAUAUCAGCUUAUGGGAGUGAAUGGUGUCAGGCCAUUUCUUCUUCAUUGCCUAAUCUUCUAGUUUUGAACAUGUCCAAUUUUUAUCUUUCUAGCCCUAUUGAUUCUUCUCUUCUAAAGCUUCAGUCUCUGUUUGAGAUCCUUCUGGGUUCUAACAAUCUCUUUGUUCCAGUUCCAGAGUUCUUUGUGAAUUUUCACAAAUUUGACAACUUAAGUCUCAGUCAUUCCAACUUGUAUAGACAAUUUCCUGAAAAGAUUUUCCAUGUACCAACGCUGCAGACCCUAGACUUGUCAGACACCAUAAAGCUUCAGGGUUCUUUGCCAGAGAUAAAUCUUUCACAUUGCAAUUUUAGUGAAACCAUUCCAAAUUCAGUGGCAAACCUCAGUCAACUUGUUUAUUUGGACUUAUCAUCUAACAACUUUAGUGGUCUAAUCCCAUCCAUUCAAAUGUCCAAGAAUCUCACCUACAUAGAUCUCUUUCAUAAUGCUCUAAGAGGUCCAGUUCCUUUCACUCACUUGGAUGGCCUUUCAAAUCUUGGAAAUAUCCAUUUAGCAUACAAUUCAUGCGGUGGGAGUAUUUCCUCGUCUCUGUUUUCCCUUUUAUCGCUGCAGAAAAUUCAACUUUUUGACAACCAAAUUGGUGGUCAAGUUACUGGAUUUCUAAAAUCCUUGUCUCAUUUGAAUACACUAGAUUUGAGUAGUAACAAACUGGAAGGGCUUAUUUCCACAUAUUUCUUUGAUUUUGGAAGGCUUAAUAUCCUCUCACUUUCUUUCAACAACUUCAGUGGCACCAUACAGCUUGAAUGGAUUAAAAGCCUACAAAAUCUUACAAGACUUUACCUUUCAUACAACAAAUUGUCAAUCAAUGCAAGUGGCAGUAAUUCUGCCUUGUCUUCCUUUCCUCAGCUUGGCAUGUUAAGAUUGGUUUCUUGCAAAUUGCAAAAAAUUCCUCCACUAAUGGACCAAUCAAGAAUUUUCCAUUUAGAUCUUUCAGACGACUAA